GUUCAGUCCACGCGUUAAAAGGUUUUUGUCUCUCGCUUCUCACACGCAGUUUCUCCUCUUCUCUGUCUUUUGGAGCAAGCAAUACUAAGGAGAAGAAAUGUCAGUUAGGGUAUUCUUCAUCCUCGCUCUACUCCUUUUCACAUCGUCAGUUCUGCAAGUUGCAAAAUGUGAGCCAGACCCAGAUGCAGAGGUAGUUGAAUCGGCUGAGGAAGGAGGAGAUCUUGGGAUUGUUGGUGAGGAUGUCCAAGACUUUGGUGGUGGGAGUUUUAGUCCAGCUCCAGGCGUGGAAACAGUUUGUGUUUUCCCAAAAAACCCAUCCAAAUUUGUGGUGGCAGGGGAAGAAAGUGAACUGCUCGUUGGGAUAAAAAAUGAGGGGGAAUCAAGUAUUAAUGUCAUUGCCAUCCAGGCUAGUGUUCAUCUUCCUUUUGAUCACCACUACUUGGUUCAGAAUCUUUCUGCCCAGGCUUUUAACAAUGCCUCAGUUCCCCCCUCAGCUCAAGCAACUUUCCCUUAUAUAUUUGGCGUCAGCAAGUUCUUACAGUCUGGUGCAUUUGAUCUUGUGGGGACUAUUGUCUAUGAGAUCGACCAGCACCCUUACCAGAGUACCUUCUACAAUGGGACGAUUGAAGUUACUGAGCCAGGUGGCCUGUUCAGUGUUGAGUCAGUAUUCCUGUUUUGCCUUGGAGUAGCCCUUCUUGCUCUUCUUGGGUUUUGGAUCCGUAGCCAAAUCCAACAAUUAUCCAAGAAAACCAAGAGGCCCCCAAAGGUGGAAGUUGGAACUGGGACAACUGAUGCCUCAAUGGAUGAGUGGUUGCAGGGAACUGCAUAUGCUCAAUCUCAGUCCAACAAAUCAAAGAAGAAGAAAUAGAUAUGCAGACGCAAACAGUUGACUGUAAGCGGCAAAUGGGGGCAAUGAUCAUUGUAUCAAAGCUUAGAGACACAAAUAUAUGAGGGAAGCUCAAAAGGUCAAUCAGUUCUUUAGAAGUUAGCCUGGGAGUACCAACCUCACUGUUGUAGCAUGAGGAAGAAACUUUUAUGUUUUCUUUUCUAGAGACGAUUCCGAAAUUUGUGCUAAUUUAAAUGCCGACCCAACUGAGAGUUAACUUCACGAAGUGACAGUUUUGUAAAACUUUGGUUAGAUUAUGGUCAUUUUGUCAAUUAAGUUAAGCAUUUUUCACCUUGAGGAA